CUCUGCGCGGAAUUCGGACCCGGGAAUUCCGAAGGCUGGGCUAGUGCUGCCCGCGCGCGGAGACCGCGCCCCUCUAGACCCCGGCUUCCUUGCUGUCAAACAGCUACGGUAGCGCCAGCUCCAGGCCGGAGCCGGAGGGGUCCCGGGGCCGCCGCACAGUCUGGCACUGCCUGGAGAGUAGACUACUUGGAGACUGCACCGCGAUUGAGUCUCCCCGAAUACUCUGGCCUGAGGAUCCCGUUCAACUAAAGUGUCAUAGAACGUUGUUCGUUUUUGCACUGCACUGGGACCUUCCCUGAAAUGUUCAGUUGCAAAGCUGCUUGACAGACAAUUUUAUUUGCAUCGCAUGGCUAGGCUUCUUGUACUCUGAAUUUGCACUACGCAGGUCUGGGUUCUUUUCUGAGUUUUGCUGCUGGCCCCUGGUGAAAACUCAGGCCUGUGCUCAGAGUUUAAAUUGCCAAAGUACAGCUCAAAUUUGCAUCAGACAGUAAGUGAACUUAGGCCACCGUGCGUGGCUCAGGAGUGGGAAAGGCGAUGGACUCCUGAAGUGGAAGAGCUGGUGCAGGCGGGGCACCGCCCAUGCUGCCCUGCUUCCAGCUGCUGCGCAUAGGGGGCAGCGGCAGGGGUGGUGAUCUUUACACCUUCCACCCGCCUAUCGGGACUGGCUGCACCUAUCGCUUGGGCCGUAGGGCCGAUCUGUGUGAUGUGGCCCUGCAGCCCCAGCAGGAGCCUGGCCUCAUCUCUGGACUCCACGCGGAACUGCACGCAGAGCGCCGUGGUGAUGACUGGAGGGUCAGCCUGGAAGACCACAGCAGCCAAGGGACUUUGGUCAAUAAUGUCCGACUCCCAAGGGGUCACAGACUGGAGUUGAGUGAUGGGGACCUUGUGACCUUUGGCCCUGAAGGGUCCCCAGGAACCAGCCCUUCGGAGUUCUACUUCAUGUUUCAGCAAGUCCGAGUCAAACCUCAAGAUUUUGCAGCCAUUACCAUCCCGCGGUCUAGUGGUGAAGAGGGAACAAGGGCUUGUUUCCGGCCUAUGCUGCCCCCCCAGGGGGCCCCACAGCGCCCCCUCAGCACCCUUUCCCCUGCCCCAAAAGCCACGGUGAUCCUCAAUUCCAUCGGCAGUCUCAGCAAGCUCAGGCCCCAGCCCCUUACCUUCUCCCGGACUGGGGGUGGGCAACAGAGCCAGCCUGUUCCCACUUCCCCUAGGGAGGUGGGGACCACCCCUUCUGCCCCACCCCAGAGAAAUCGGAGGAAAUCAGCUCAUCGAGUGUUGGCAGAGCUGGAUGAUGAAGGGGAGAUGCCCGAGAGCUCUGCAUCAGCCUUUAUAGAGCCCAGGAAGAAACUCCGUGUAGAGACUACCCCACGGACACCUGGUGGAAACCGACAUGGACGUCCUUGGAAGCAGUCAGUGAGCACACCCAGGGCUCCCCCUGCAGUUGGGGGUGGGGAGCCCUGCGCAGCCCCUCGUUGCUGCCUGCCCGAAGAAACAGUUGCCUGGGUUCAGUGUGAUGGUUGUGAUGUCUGGUUCCACGUGGCCUGUGUUGGCUACAGCAUCCAGGCUGCCAAGGAGGCUGACUUCCGGUGCCCAGAGUGUCGUGUAGGCAUCCAGACCUAAGGCCCACCAAGGAAGGAAUGACUAAGGGAAGUGUCCAUUGCUAUGGAUACUGAUUCAAGGCAUGAAGGAGGCCCUCAUGACCCAGGUGAUCGAGGAGAUGGUUUCCUGCCAAAGAUCUUUGCUGCCUCUGGAAGUUGCCAACAAGCUGGAAGUUUCAUUACAAGCUUAGGUUCUUAUUGUCAUAGGCACUAGAAUGUCUGUGGUCAUAGUAUCCAUAAUUGCAGAAGUCAUGCCUGAGCAGAUAAAAGCCUCAGACUUGGGAACAAGUGAAUGCUUAAUAUUUUCGGAUGGCAUUAUAAGGCAUUCUGGGAAAACGUAGGGCACAGCCCCAAAACUUUUACAUUGUGGAUAAACCACUGCCACUGACCAUGAUCUUGACCUGGCUUUUCAGAGCUUUGCUUCUAUUUCCAAAUAAAGAAUAAGCUUCGUUCGCUCUUAGAUAUUUA